AUGAAGAUUAAAUACACCAUCUCCUUCGUCUUCAUCAUAGCCGUGGUCAUCAUCGAGAAGGAGAGCAACAUUCUCUCCAAGGUCUCGGACAAGCUCUCUCUGAAGCAGACACCUCAGACUCCCCUGUCCUGGUUUCAUCUCCGGCAGAAUGUCUCCAGUGUGCAGAUCCUGCCUGAAAUCGAUUUCUCAACCUACCUGGAAGCGAAAUGGCACUCGAAGAACACCACGGAGCCCAGCGCGGGUGGGAAACACAUCCUUCUUCUGGCUAUGACACGUACGGGCUCCUCGUUCGUGGGCCAGUUUUUCAAUCAGCACGGAGACAACAUGUUCUACCUGUAUGAGCCGCUUUGGCACGUGGAGCGCAUGCUGACCGUGGAGAACAAAGGGACCAACGCUUCGGUUCUGACGCAGAUCUACCGCGACGUUCUUCGCCAGCUCUUUCUGUGCGACUUCUCCAUGCUGGAGGACUUCAUCCAGCCGCCGCCCAAGAACCAUCUGACGGUGUCUCUGUUUCGCAGAGAAUCCAGCCAAUCGCUGUGUGACGAUCCGGUCUGCACGCCGUUCGUGAGGAAGGUCUACGAGCGCUACCACUGCCGCAACCGGCACUGCGGGCCGCUCAACCUCACCCUGGCGUCCCAGUCCUGUCUGGGUAAGGAGCACCAUGCUGUAAAGUCUGUACGCAUCAGGCAGGUCGAGACACUGCGCCCAUUAGCAGAAGAUCCUCGACUAGACAUGAAGUUUAUUCAGCUGGUCCGGGACCCGCGAGCCAUGCUAGCGUCCCGCAUGGUAGCCUUCGCGAGCAAAUAUGAGCACUGGAAGCAGUGGGAAAGGGCCGGAGACAUUCCAGAGGACGACGACGAGGUCCGGAAGCUGAGAGGGAACUGCGAGAACAUCCGGAUGUCCGCUGAGGCGGGUCUCAGACAGCCCCACUGGUUGCGAGGGCGCUACAUGCUCGUGCGCUACGAGGACAUUGCUAUGUUUCCCAUGCGGAAAGCUGUGGAGAUGUAUCGGUUCACGGGCGUCCCGUUCACCUCGAAGGUAAAGGACUGGAUCCUGCAGAACACGCAGGCGUCCAAUCCGUCAGGCGGAGUGUAUUCAACCCAGAAGGACUCGUCCCAGCAGGUGGAGAAAUGGCGCUUCAACAUGCCCUUCAAACUGGUGCAGAUGGUGCAGAGAGUCUGUGGCCCGGCGAUGAACCUGUUUGGAUACACCUUCGCUGAGAACGAAGAAAUGCUCACCAAUAAACUGAUCAGUUUGAUUGAAGGAAGGACCUUCUUAUGA